UCCCGUUUCUCCCCAGCCUUCUGGUUCUAGUUCGCUGGUUACUUCCCUCCCGGCUUCUCUUCUGGAGAUAGUCUUGUCCCAGCUGCCUUAGGAGGGCGAGCUAGCGGCUAGAGAGAGAAAUUGGCCACAGGCGGACUGGACAGAUCCGAUCAGGGCAAGAAGGAACAAAACCAGUCUGUCUCUGUAUCUCUGUGUGUCUCUGUGUCUCUGUCUCUAUCACACACACAUACACACACACACACACACACACACACACACACACACACACACACACACACACACACACACACACACUCACACACACUCACACACACACAUACACACACCACGUCCUCUGAGAACUCAGCUGGCUGCGACCGACCGCGCACACCCCGCCCCGGCGCGCGUCCCAGGCCGGUGGAGCGCAGAUCCAGAUCCCCAGCGCGGCCACUUGGCCGGGUGUUCCCGAGCCUCAGGUGGCGCGGGAGGGAGAGCCCGCGCGUGACAACCCGGCUGCGCACGCCGAGACCUUCAGCCCUUCGGUCGGCGAGGCGAGCGGAGCGGGCGCGGCUGCCACCCAGAGCCCACCUGCCGGCCCUCGCGGUCCCCGCUCCAGCUGUGCCGGGCUCUGGGCGCCUACUCGGCAGCUGGAGCGCCACCCGGGCUCUGCCGCCGUCCCCUGCGCCUCCCGAGUGCCCCAGGCGACCCGAAGAAGCGUGGCGGCGGGACAGCGGGAGCUCGCAAUGGCCAGGGCGCGAGGGUGGCUGUGUCUGUGGCUGGGCUGCUUCUGCCUGGACCUGGCGCUGGGACAGAGACCGAGCCUGCAUCUCCCUGAGCUCAGCCGGGCUGGGACAGGCGACCGCACGACAGGUGGUGACCCGAGCCCGGACCUGCGGCCGCACGACAAGGUGUCGGAGCAUAUGCUGUGGCUCUACGACAGGUACAGCGGCGGCAGCAGAGUCCAGGACACCCGGACGCCCGGCUCGCAGCCCCUGGGUCCCCAGCCUCUGCGCGGUGGCAACACGGUCCGCAGCUUCCGAGCCGUAGGCGCAGGAACUCUUCAAAGAAAGGGGCUGCACACUUUUAAUCUGACCUCUCUCACCAAGUCUGAAAACAUUUUGUCAGCCACACUGUAUUUCUGUAUUGGAGAAUUAGUGAACAUCAGCUUGAGCUGUCCGGUAUCCCAAGGAUGCUCCCAUCAUGCUCAGAGACAACACAUCCAGAUAGAUCUCUCUGCAUGGAUCCUCAAAUCCAACCAAAGUCAGCUCCUGGGUCACCUGUCAGUAGAUGUGGUCAAACCUUAUCGAGACAGCAUGUCUUGGCUGUCAAAAGACAUCACUCAGCUCUUGAGGAAGGCCAAGCAAAAUGAAGGGUUCCUCAUAGGAUUUAACAUUACUUCUAAAGCGCAUGAGCUGCCCAAGAGGAUGCUGCUUUUCCCGGAGCCUUACAUCUUGGUAUAUGCCAAUGAUGCCGCCAUUUCUGAGCCAGAAAGUGUGGUGUCUAGCUUACAGAGACACAGAGAUUUCCCCGAAGGAACUGUGCCCAAACUGGAUAGCCACAUAAGAGCUGCUCUCUCCGUUGAAAGGCGGAAGAAACGUUCGACUGGAAUCUUGUUGCCUCUGCAGAACAAUGAGCUACCAGGAGCAGAGUAUCAAUACAAGGAGGAUGGCGUGUGGGAGCAGAGACGGCCUUACAAAACCCUUCAGACUCAGCCCCCUGAAAAGAGCAGGAACAAAAAGAAGCAGAGGAAAGGACCUCAUCAGAAGGGCCAGACGCUGCAGUUUGAUGAACAGACCCUGAAGAAGGCAAGACGAAAGCAAUGGAUCGAACCUCGAAAUUGUGCCAGGAGGUACCUUAAAGUGGACUUUGCUGAUAUUGGCUGGAGUGAAUGGAUUAUCUCCCCCAAGUCAUUUGAUGCUUAUUACUGCUCUGGAGCCUGCCAGUUUCCCAUGCCAAAGUCUUUGAAGCCGUCCAAUCAUGCGACCAUUCAAAGUAUAGUGAGAGCAGUGGGGGUCGUCUCCGGAAUUCCUGAACCUUGCUGUGUGCCAGAAAAGAUGUCCUCACUCAGCAUCUUAUUCUUUGAUGAAAACAAGAAUGUAGUGCUUAAAGUCUACCCUAACAUGACAGUAGAUUCCUGUGCUUGCAGAUAACCCGUCAGAGAAUGAAUUCAAGUGCUCGAUUCAAUCAGUAACUGGGUUUGAUGGACUAUUUCUUUCUUCCUUUCUUUCUUUUUUAUUUUUGCACUGCCAAUGCAUUUUGUCCCAAAAGAGAAUGAACAAAUAGAUUGAAGAUUUCCACCAAGCAAAAUUGAACUGUAUUUUCUUCUGAAUGUAACUAAAAGUAUGAUUUUAGUAAAUGUGGACGUCUAUUUCUUUUUUUUUAAUCACGUAAGAAAAACCAUUACUCAAACUGUUUUUAGGAGUGUUAAAGAACACACUGACUUAUUUUUGUAUUGGGCUUUAAAACUAGGUGGGAAAUAACAGCAAUAACUUAACCAUUUGUCUCUAUUCAUCUGAGGACUAAAGGGACAUAGAUAGGAAUCUUGUGGAUUUUACUAGGUUUCUUGCCUUAGAUUUGUGAGCAACCCAGCCUGCUAAGCACCCAGCUGACUUUGAUGUCCAUCUAAAGAGUUUCUGAGAUUAGUUUGCCCUUGAUUUUUCUCCACAAUCAUGAUGUGAGUUGAGUUAGUGUUGUGCUGAGUGCUAGUGUGUGUACACGUGUGCCAGGUGCCUGUACAUUUGUUAAAAAAAAUUUUUCUUAAUGUGGUUCUAUAGUUCCAUCUUCAUGGGACUCCUUUUUUUUUCAAUACCAUAUUCUGAUGUGCACCAUCCACUGAUGAUUGUAUGAUCAUAUGUCAAGAGCUAUGCUUGACGCAGCCAUCUGAUUGGAUGUGUUCAUUUCAUUGAAUGCCAGAAGAGAAACAGGAACGCCGUUUUUGAAAACCCAGAUGUAGCUCUCCUGUAUCUCCCUUUUUUCAUCUGCUCUAAGCUAAUUUGAGAAAUCCUUCCUGAAGUCAUAAGCUUUCUAGUUCUCUUGUCAUUAUACUAUUUCUACAUGUGAUGCUGUCCAUAGACGUUGAGGCUUAAAAUCUGUUAGUGAUGAACAAGUAAAUGACUAUCUUGUAGUAAAUAUCUGAUCCCACACUUGUUUAUAGGCUCUUCACCACAGAGAUCAAGAUAUUGGCCUCCAUCAUGAAACCUAUACUCAAUCAAAGCUUGCUAAAAAUUACCCACUAAGAAAGGGAGCCAAUACAGACACAGUUUAUUUCCAUUUCCAAUAGUCAUAAGUACCUCCUUCUAGAUUUUUUGCCCUUAAAAAUUGUUUUAUAAUUUUUCACUCCACAAAGUGGUAAGGUAUCUCAGUAGGUAAAAGUACUUAUUACCCAAGCCAUUCCUGGGACUAACAUGGCGGAAGGAGAUAGCCAACGCUUACAACUUAUCCUCUGACACACACACACACACACACAAAUGUAAAAAUCUAAAAGAUCUUUUGGUCAUUGUAUUUACCUGAAAGAAAGAAGUGAUUUCAGGUAAUGGAUGGUUGGUGUUGUUGUCUCUUAGAUCAGUCUUACAUGAUAAUUAGAAAUAAGAAAGCCACCUCAGAUCUCAUGUGAGAUCAGAACACAUGGGGUUUUAUCCCAUCUCUGCCUGUAGCUAUUUAUGGUAUCCAGUCGUUACUAAAUGCUGAGAGUUUGGUUUCUGAGACAAGCUAUUUUGUACAUAGUCUUCCAGGGGUGAAGACAACAGAUAUAGAAAUACUGCAAGUACUCUGUUCAUAAAACAGAGGAAGCAUCAGAUGCACUUUGGUGUGUGUAGAUGAGACCAGCUCUCUGCAGGAUUUUAUUUGAUGGCUAUUACGUAAGACAGGCAGCCAAAGUUCUUUCCAGUUGGAACGGCCGCUAAUGUGGCUAUGUCUUAACUCUCAACG